GCAGAACUGGCAACCCUGACUAGCUCAUACACACGAACAUGGCGGAUGAUAAGGACCCUUUCAGGCAGCUGAAGGAUCUAACCCUGCUUAAAGGCCAGCUGGAGGACAUUCGACAGCGAGUGGAGAGCAAGGUGCAGGAUGGACUUCCCCAGGGUGUGAGUGUUCUGGGCUCUCCCUUCCUCAAAGGCUUCCUGGCUGGAUAUGUCAUAGCGAAGCUGCGUUCGUCAGCCAUCAUGGGCGUGCUCGUGGGAACUUGCACGGGCAUCUACGCUGCACAGAACUAUAACGUGCCCAAUAUCGAGCAGACCAUCAAAGGCUAUUUUAACUCUUUGAAGAAAAGCAAAUAGUCACGGACGCUGUUCAGGAUGAAUCGUCAACCUCAAAAGUCUUUCCAGGAAGUACUACACAAGUCCCACGGUUUUAGAGCGACUGGCAACCCUAAAGCAUGUACAGUAUAAACUAUUAGAGAUGUUACCUGGUCACCAGCAUAAAAGAAAUAUACACUUGGAGCUCAGGGCUGACACAAUAAUCAUCACUUUCAGCACUCUCACUGAUAUUUAAGAUGGUUUGUUCAACAUUAAGAUUCUUUACUGGGACCUGUCGAAGAGUUUUCCCCCUAACAUUUCAGUCAGCCUCUGUUGAAAGUUGCACUGUAGCCUCAUUGAAUUAUUCACAGCAUCUACCGUGCCAUCUGGGUCUAAUUACAGCACAACCGGCACUGAUUCGAGCCUCUCGGUGUAGCCGAUGGGUGAUGACCACGCGUGUGAGUGCUGUGCACAAGCGUUACUGUCUUUCUGAUGCUGGAAGCAUAUCUGCACAUUACUCCUGCUGGUUUGAUAUGUUCUGUUAAAUUAGAGAUAAAGAAAACAAAGUUUUGUGACCAAAAAUGUUAUCAGGGUUCGAAACAGUUAACUGCCAUGCAGUUGGUUUAAAACAAAUGUUAAUCCGGUGCUAAAAUAGUGCUAUGAUUUUAAGUGCCGUUGUCUUUUUGUUUCUUGCGUCCAUGACCAAAUGUAAAGACUUGUUUUUAAUGUCCUGCCCAGUUGUAAAUGUGUUGUCCGGGAUGCCACCUUGUUUUAAAAACCAUUUCCAGCAUGACGGUUCUGUUACGUUGUUUUUGUCGUAAUAUGACUUCAUAGAUUGUAGUGAUGAGAUGUUUUCAGGUUGCGUCUUGAAUUGUACUUCAUGUCCAUUUCUUUUGUAAAAGUGUGCUGUUGGCUUGUUGAUGCACCUCACUUUUUAACAUCUGUAUCAAAUUUGUUUGAAAAUAAAUAAAAUGUUCCAAAAAAAGUGUUAAUCAGCAACUGUGGGAUAAAUUAAAAACUGUUCAAAAUUCA